AUGGAGUACAUUCAUUUUCAAAGUAUCACGGUUUCCACCAAGCCCAAGCCCAAAUUCAAGACCAACAAUCUCCCCAAAGCAAUGUCAAACAGGUUGGAAUCUUUAAAUUCCAAGAAGCCGUCGUCUAGCUCACCUGGAUCAGGGUUGAAAUUCAAGCCGAAAGUCGUCCAAAGAAAGUCCAAGGAGGAGCGUGCCAAAUCGGCACCUCGAGUCAAGGAAGAGAAUGCCGAUGCACUGAGGACGUCUGCUAGAGGACGCGGAGGAUCAAUGAGAGGGAAAGGCCGCGGGGGACGUAGUAACUACGCGGGAACUCAUCUCGUGACACAAGGUCCGUUGUCAGCUGGCUCAGUUGGCAUAGGAAACUCGAGCGGCUCAAAACUAGGUCUCACGUCAGACUUGAUCUACAGCAGCAGCGGGGAAGUGUCAGCUCCAGAUUUUAUCAGCAAGUUGAAGCUCAAGCAGGCAGGUUUGAAAGGGGAGAACAGCGAGUCCGCUAGUAGUAUUGACGGCAGCAGCAGCAACGAUAACGACGAUAACGACCUUAACGACGAUGACGACGACGAUAAUGAUCCAACAAAGAUAAACAUGACGAAGGAAUAUAGGUUCGAAGACAGCGAAGUCGAGUUGUUCCCACACAGACCCUACCGUGACGACGGCAUACAAAGGCCAAAACCCACGAGCAUAAAGGUAAAAGAGGAGCAACUGCCUGUAAAGUUGGAGCCUUCAGUUAGCGCGACACCGGAAGUGAUGGCACUCCACGAAGUGGAGGCGGUCAAAAGUGAAGAUAUAGAGGAUAAAAUUGCCCUGAUAAAAGUCAACAAGGCAAAGUUGGAGAGCAAAAUCACGCAAACGGAUUCAAUUGUGCAGGAUGAGUCCGAAAAGUUGAUCACGGACCACCAGCAGAUCGUGGACUUGUUGAUGGGGGACGGCAACAAUGGCGAGGAAGACGACACGUUUGUAUUGUUCCAGCUCCCGCUGCGUUUGCCCGAAUAUAAGCAAGAAGAAAGCAAAGUGAAGCUAGAGAAGGAUUUAAUUAAAGUAGAGCCAGGAGAAGAAGACGCAGGUGAAGGGGAAGAAGAAAAAGUGCCCGCGGAUGCAAACCGUUCCGUCUUGUCGACCAACACUUCCACACUAAAAGGAGAAUUUGGUAGGCUCAAUGUGCAUCAGUCAGGGAAGAUCACCAUUGAUCUAGGCAACGGAAUAAUUCUAAACGUCACCAAGGGGUCUCCCGCAGAUUUUUUACAAGAACUAACGAUGGUGGAACUUGAUCUGAAAGCCGCGAAAGACCCGAACCUGGAUGAAAUGGACAUGGUGGAUGAUGAAGGUAAGGAAAUAGCAGGAAAGGUCAUGCGAUUGGGUACGGUUAGGGAUAAGAUCAUUGCAACCCCAUGUAUAUAG